ACAGUUCUCCCCACCUUAUCCAACUCCCUUUCAUGAACAGCAUAUGCUCUUCCAUGGAUUCUCUUCUUUUCUCCUCCACCACCAACACUGCCCAAUAUCAACUCUAAACUCAAUUCGCCUCCCAUAUUCUCCAUAAUCGGACUCAUAAAACUUCUAAUAUUCACAAUGGCUUCUGCAACCACAAGACCCACCUUCUCUUUUCACCUCUCCCAGCCUUCUCCUCCUCCUAAACCAACCAAACCUCACUUCCCUUCCAGUCUUGUCUUCCCAAAGAAAACCCAAAAACCCCUCUUCGUUACUCUCUCCAUUGACGUUUCCAAAGAAGACAAACCCACUUUAGACCAGCCCACUUCAGAAGUGUCAGUUUCAGACCAACCCCCCUCCUCCAUUUCCAAGGAAGUUGAAGAAGAGCGAGAGCAAGACAAGUUUGAUAAGAGACGUCUAGAAGAGAAAUUUGCAGUCUUGAAUACGGGAAUAUACGAGUGUAGGUCUUGUGGGUAUAAAUAUGAUGAAGCUGUUGGUGAUCCUUCGUAUCCUAUUCCUCCUGGCUUUCAGUUUGAGCAGUUGCCUGAUGAUUGGAGAUGUCCCACUUGUGGUGCAGCUCAGAGCUUUUUUGAAAGUAAGAGUGUGGAGAUUGCAGGGUUUGCUCAGAAUCAGCAGUUUGGGUUGGGAGGGAAUUCACUCACUUCUGGUCAGAAGGCUUUGUUGAUAUAUGGAAGCUUGUUCUUUUUCUUUGUGUUGUUCUUGUCCGGUUACUUUUUGCAAUGAUAAGUUGGGAGUUGGGUUUGGUUGGUAAGAACUUGGUGGCGUUAUGGGGAAUGGUUAUGUUGUUGUUGAAUGUGUAUUUUCUGGUUAUUAUAUGCAAAUAGAGGAAUUCAGAUUAAUUGAAUGGUGGCAUAUACAAAAUAUAUUAUUUUAAAUAAAGAGUGAAGCAUGAACAUUUUCUUUUAA